AGUUAAAACUAUUAAUAAUCGGCAAGCAAGGUAGUCGGCGACAAAACAUUCUCGCAGGUCCGUGAAGGUAAGUCAACUUUUUGACGGUAUUAUCAUUUUGUACUAUUUGAAUAUUCUUCAUUCACUGAACCAUCAAAACUGAAUACUCUCUCAUUAUUAACUACUACAUUUUCACCGUCACGCAUGACUGGCGCUCCGCGACUGCAGUGUGAGGCGCUAAACACUCGAGAAGGCAUGCAGGCGCUGCCAUUGUUUUAUAGUCUGUCUCACAUGCAUUAUUAACACGAUAAAAACACAAAUCUACAAAGGGCUUGACAUUGCGAGUAAUUAAAAUGUUCUUCGCAUCAUAUUUCGAGAAAAAUUUGUUAUUUCUCUCACACACUCAUCUCCUCACUUCCAUCAAAAUCUUUCAGGUGCAUCAUUGUCUUGAUGAGAUGACAAAGACUUUUAGUAAACAGGAAGGGGUGUUUUAUAUAUAUAUAUUGCUGUUGUGUUUGGAAUAGAAACGUGGUUUCAUCUUAAUGUGGGGGGAUGGGGAAGUGUAGGAUGGAGGGGACGGGGUUAGGGUAGGUGUGAGAGGAGAGUAGUUGCUCUGUGAAGCUGUAAGUUUUGUUUACUGCUGCUGAUGCCCUCUUCCAGUUCUGGUCUCUUGCUGUUGAUGUCCAGACUGGUUGCCAGAUCACGGUCGUCAUGUCUUUGGUGUCGUCGUUGUCAUCAUCAGGCUGCAGAGUAUGUGACAGACGCUCCAUCUGCUCUGCUAGGUCCUGCUUGUUUACAGAGUGACUAUCCUGACCCACCCUUGAAGCUGCAUGCUCCUCACUUGCCCCAGCAAUCAAUUAGCGGCAUGCAGACGCAAGUGACUGCAACAUGGUUGACAGGGUGCGUGGCCGUGUCACGUGUCGUCCUGCUCCAGCGCCAUCUGCACGUAAUAGUGAGGCUGCACAGGAACCUGCUCACGUGUAUGGGCGACAGCCAUGUUAUGCCCACACGACAGCCGUUGUGUCGCGGGUCCUGCUGUACUACGGGGAGAUGGUGGGGCGCCACCCUCUGCCUUUUAUCUUGUUGCCAUUGGCUGUCUUCGCGGGUCUUGGCGCAAGUUUGCCGAGGGUCGAGUGGUUCGACUACACCGACCAGGCUGACAUGCUUUGGAGCAGCAGAACUCUGCGGGAACAAGCCAUUGUGCAACGGCUGUUUCCGGACAGGACUGCCAACAAGUAUGACGCUGUGGAACUCAGCGAAGAUCAGAUCAUGGCCAUCAUCAUUUUCCAAGCCCGCGACAACAGCUCUGUCUACGACCCUGACGUGCUGUCCGAGAUUCGUCAGACCCUCAGCAGCGUCAAGCAGAAUGUGACGGCGCGAGUGGGGAACAUGACGUACACCUACGAGGACUUGUGCGGAAAACGCGACGGCGCAUGCGUAGUGACCGGGGAGAGGUUGCUGAGCCCUCAGUUUGACACCUUGAGAAAAAGCGGCUUACUGACUUACCCGAAGUGGAAACUUCCAAACAACGAGACAAUUGACUUUUCCUUCGCGUUGGCCGAUGCCGACAGCAAACUGCGGAGAGCAGGGGUGGUGAGGGUGACCUUUAAACUACGUCAUGACCUCAAGGAGGAGGCCUAUGCUUGGGAGAACGCAUUUGUGGAGUUUGUCAAACGACUUGAACCCAGAAACACGAAUAUUGCCUUUUCCACUUCACAGUCUUUUAGGCAAGAGCGACAGCACGGCGUGAACGCCGACUUGCCAAGCUUGUGGGCGGCGCUGGCGACCAUGACAGCCUGUGCCUGGGUCGUCACCGUGGGCGGGGACCUCGUGUCCACCCGGGCGCUGCUGCUGAUAGGAGGGAUACUGCCUCCGGUCUUGGGCAGCAUCAGUGCUGCCGCACUGCUCAGCUUGUGUGGGAUCAAGCUUGUCCACUUCGUUCACCUGGCAGCUGUUCUUGUGCUGGGAAUCAGUUUCAACAUUACAUUUCUGCUAAUGUCCUGUUGGAGCGAAACUAUUCAAAACACAGAGCUGACCGUCCCGCAGAGGCUUGGCGUGACGCUGUCACAGACAGGUGUGGGCAUCGCCAUUGCCUCCCUCUCUGUUUCCGUGUCACUAGCAGUCGCCUACACAUCCAACUUCAUUGGCCUCUCCUGCCUCUGCCUCUUUGUUGGUCUGGCAGUUUUCCUCACCUUCAUCUGUCACAUGACCAUUCAGCUCGCUUGUAUGGCGUUGCACGGUCGUCGUGUCUACUCCUCCCGCCACGCACUCACGUGCCUCCGCACCAAGGCUCGCGACGUACUUCGUCGAGUGGGACGCCGGCCAUGCUACGCCUUCUGUUGCGGAGGUUCGGUUCCCUCUGAACAUAGAGCCGACGAAAGUCCCGUAGAAAGAGUUCUGAGGAAAACCUUGACCUUCAUGGCACAGAGCCUCGUGAUCAAAGUGACGACCAUUGUGAUUUUUCUUGGGGUCACUGCCGUGGCCAUCUACGGCGUGACAAAGCUUAAAGAAGGGGUCAGCAUCACGACGUUGGUGCCAAGAUCUUCUUACUUCUUCACCUAUAUGACGAUGGAUGCUGCCCAUUUUGGAUUCAGCUUUCCUGUCGCUUUCGUCAUCGAUGACAGGGCAGAGUACAACCUGAGUACCGCUCAGAAGAUGGAGGAGCUCCUUCAGACAGCCAGAGACGACAGGUUGGUCGAGGACGAGUUCGUUCGUUGCUGGCUGACGGAUUUCGUCAAGUCUCCCUUCUUUAGCCGUGAGCAGGCUGGCGGCCAUUUUAUUCUGGGCAAGGUGCAAGACUUUCUCAUCAACACAACCCGCUUCCUCAGUGAUGCCAUUUUCGACGAGACUGGCCAGCACCUCAUUGCGUCGCGGUGCUUCGUGUUUUCUGAAAAGACUUCUGACCAGCACGAACUGGCCAGCUUUAUGCAGCGCAUGCGCAGACUGGCGGAAAGCUCGGAACUUCCGGUCUUUGUUUUCCACCCGUCUUUUCUAAGCUAUGAGCAGUUUCUGUCGGUCCUGCCGACCACCCUGCAGACCGUGGGUAUUGCUGUAGCAGUACUGUGCGUGGUGCACUGCAUCUUCCUCCCCCACCCCCUCGUGACCGCAGUGGUGGUGAUCAACAUGCUGAGCAGCAUGGUGGACGUACUCGGGUUCAUGACCUUGUGGGGCGUGACGCUGUCGUCGGAUACCAUGGUGCACGUUAUUCUGUCCAUGGUCUUCACCGUCAGCUUUGCUACUCACGUCUGCGCGGCUUUCUUGACCCCGAAAUCGGAAACGCGCUCGGAACGUGCGCUUCACGCGACAUCAUGUGCAGCGGUCCCUCUCUUCAAUUUCGGGACAGCAUCCUUGGCAGGUUUGCUGGUUCUCCUCUCUUCUCAGUCCUACUUGUUUGAGACUUUCUUCAAAGUCACACUCCUCGCUCUUGCCUUCGGGGUCUUCAACGGAGUUUUCUUGACAACUGCAGUCAUGGCGCUGGUGGGACCCGAGAAUCUUCGCCACAUGGCAAACAGCAGCCAGCAAAAAAGACAAGAACAGGCCACUCCCCCCGUAGAGUCAACAUCCAACAGAUGCUUUCCAAACGAAGAAACCGUGUCAAGAUUCCAAAAUGCGUCCAAUAGCCCCAAACUGUGCGAGAAAACUUCCAACGGGCACAAUGUAGCCGAAAAAGGAUUCAUACCCGGAACGCAAGACAAAAGCAAUGUGUACAAUUUUCCAGGAUGGCUUCAACAGGGCCGGUCAGUCACUGUUCCACGGGACAACAUGGAUGAGGCUAGGCCUUCGACUCCAUACUAUGUGCCUGUUCUGCCUCCGCGACUGGGUUACCCCCAGGAAAUGCUGGGAUCGCAUAACGAGUUUGAAAAUAUCAUUCGGUACCACAAGCACGAACGUGACAAGACGGGACUUCCGGUAACGUCGGCACUGCAACAAGCACGUAGGCCAAAAGAUCACGUGAUGAAGUCAAGCUACCAGCGUUGGAGUGCUUACGCUCCUGCCGGAAUUCCCAGCUACAGACCACAUCAGGAGGUGGACAAUGUACUAAGUGGUAAAUCGUUUCAUAGGUCGGGUGAGUCGCUCGAAAGAGUCGGCGGCAUUGUGGAAACACUUUCUAAGAGGGGUAGCCUGGCGUCCUCACAAACUUACAUAUUGGAAAUGUUCAAAUAUGGUCGUAGACAGUAGACAUGGAAGGCAGAACAUUUUCGUUCUGGCAGGAGACACUCACAGUCUUCGUGUAUGAUAAACAUUCAAAAAAAAUUGUAAACGUCUGUAUGGCAGAAUUUGGGAGCACUCGCAGAGAGCUUCAGUGUAAGUCAUAAUGUCUUCCAAUACUUUGCACCACAUCCUACUCUAUCCUCACCAACCCCUCUCUAGCCAGGGACUGAAUAGCAAAAAUGUACACUUGUGCCUUUAUCUCCCUGGGUGCAGAGUAAGUUCCCUUAAAUCCAAAUUAAGGACAGACGUAUCACUCGCCCGUCCUUCUCUGCAUACAUUAGUAUAGUACAGCACCUCUAACGGGAUACUAUCACAAAGCGGAGGAAAUCACAAAAUGCGUUGCUUUUGGUAGCUUUGUUCUUCCUGUCCAAAUCAGAACAAAGUUACCUCGGAUGCAAAGGGUGUGCCCACACUUGCGAGAUCCCAUUUGACAAAAUACUAGACUUUUUUUUGCUAAAGAGUAGGUAUCACAGACCAGCCCCAUACUUGUUAGCAGACCUCUCACGUGGAAAUUAAGAUAUGUGCAUGCAAGACAAACAAGAAUCAAAUUCUUAAAUGCCAACCACAUUGCUUCACUAUUCCACUGGCAAUGAAUGAUCACACACAAAGCCCCACUGACAGUGAAUGACCAACAUGCACACAUUGAAUGACCUUAUAAAAACAGUGCUCACUGUCUCCACUUUAAAUUGCCAAGAGUGAAGUUUUAAAAAACAAUAUCAUUUUAAAUCCUGUAAAUGCUUUAAUUUUUUUAAUUUAUUAUAAACAAAUCAAAUCUCCUAAUGGUUCGUUUACUGUUUAACCUAUGGUAGUUAUACUACAUUCUAGUGGUUCAUCAUCUACUCUGUGGCCAAACAAAACACUCACACAUUCCAACCACUCAGUUUUUAACUACACCUGAUCGUCAAUGUUACUGUAGGGAUAUAUAAUGCCCACUUGUAAAAGCCAUGCAGCUCCAGGGGCUUUUGAUGUUGAUACUCUCGUACACAAUGACAUUGUGUAGACUUCAAAUAGACAAAUGCGUUACAGAGCUUGUGCAAAAUUCUGCAAACUUGAAACGCCACUUCAUGACAAAUCAAUGGGAGAUAUCAAACAAAAUGUAAAGUCAAGGGUAUAUUUGUCUGGUCUGUAUAUCUUCCACAUCUGUGGGAGAAAAUCUGAGUUCUCUUAAUCCAUUUCCCAUUAUGUAUUAAAUUAACCAAGCCAGUUCCCUAUUCAAGCACUAGCUCUUCGCAUGGAGGCUGUUACAAAAUGUAAAUGAAGGACCUGUUGAUGAAAACUUUUAAGUUCCAAUGCACAUUGCAACAAAUUUGUUUAAAAUCAAUCUCAGGCUCUUGCCAAGAUCAAUGUGUACUAGUACAGUUUAAGGUUAUGAAACAACUAAAACAACUUCCAUUAGGAUAAAGAUUGUUUUAAAUAGUUUUCAUUCUACCUUUUUUGAAUAAACUUCAAAGUGGUUUCCUAUUAGUAUGCUUUAUUGGACCAGUUAAAACAAUCUUUUACUUAUACACUUUUUUGUGACAAAUCUACAUUGGUUGUGACGUGCAAAAACCUUCUUUGUGACAUAAAUCUUAUUACAGUGAUGUAACUAACUGAUCAGUAACCUGUAUAAUCUAGAGACAGUCUUGGAAAAUUAUUUUUUGCAUUUGUAUUCUGCCCUAAUAUUUGAUAUGUGAUUAACAGAAAGCAGGAAAUGACAAAUACAGUGGCAUAAAUUACAUUUUUCAUGUUUGUGUAAAAUACUUGGCACUUGCCUAAAUGAAGCAUAUAUUACCCAUAAA